AUGGCGGCUAUACCAACAGAACAAACCGCCCUCAUCGGCAUGGAAGACGGCAGCUUGGGACUUAGCCAAUACGUCAAAGUGCCAGAACUGGAAGAUGACAUGAUCCUGGUUAGAAACAUGGCCGUGGCGCUAAACCCUAUUGACGUAAAGAUGGUGGGCAAACUCGCCACUCCUGGAGCCGUGGCCGGCAUGGACUUCGCCGGCGAAGUGGUAUCCAUAGGCUCCAAGGUGCAAACAAGCGUCCCCAUCCAGAUCGGAGACCGUGUCUGCGGCGCCGUGCCGGGCAUGCACGCUCUCACCCCGAACGUGGGCGCCUUUGCUCAGUAUGUUGGCGUCUCCGACGUUGUCACCAUGAAGAUACCGAACCACCUCACGUUCGAGGCGGGUGCAUCCUUGGGAAGCGGCAUCGGCACCAUCGGACAGGCACUUUUCCAGUCGCUGCAGGUUCCCGGCACUCCUGACAAGCCCUGCAAGAAGCCUGUUCAGGUUCUCCUGCUUAAAUUGUCCGGUCUGGACCCCAUCGCCACAUGUUCGCCGCACAACUUCGACCUGGUUAAGUCGUACGGCGCUUCGGCGGUUUUCGACUAUCAUGCCUGUCCGGCAUCGGACUCCUCGGACUCGACGGACCAUGCAGACACCCCCGAAGCCGCCAUUAAGCGCCACACCCGUGGCUCUCUUCGGUACGUGCUCGACUGCAUCUCGGAGCCCGAUACCAUGCAGUUCUGUUACCGGUGUCUGGGUCGCGCGGGCGGCAGGUACACGGCCCUGGAGCCUUUCCCAGCCUUCCUUGCCGAGACGCGCAAGCACACCGUCGCGGCGGGUUGGGUUCUGGGCCCUACGCUGCUGGGCAAGCCGCUUGGCUGGCCCGAGCCAUUUGCACGCGCUGGGAAUCCCAAGGAUCGCGAGUUUGCGCGCUGGUGGUUCGCCAUUGCGCAGAAACUCUUAGAUGAGGGGGUCUUGCGUGUGCAUCCUUUGAGGAUUGUGAAUGAGAGGGGAGGUGACGGGUUUGCGGCUGUGGAGGAGGGCUUGGCAAUAUUGAGGAAGAAGCAGGUUUCUGGGCGGAAGCUCAUAUGCCGUAUCCAGUACUAA